CCUAUUUUUGUCUCUUUAACAAGUUAAAAUGAAGUCUUUCUUAUCCAUGGCUCUUAUCUGCUCCCUUUUUAUUGGAUCUAGCUUAGCAAUUGGAUGCGAUCACCCCCGAUAUAUGUCUGUCGGCAAUACAUGUCAAGAAAUUACUUGUAGCAAGAACACCGAAUGCGCCCCAUACAAAUCUCAAUGCGAUGCCAAAGGUAAAGGCGCCACCAUUUGUAGAACUGUGGCUCGUAUCUGUGGCUGUUCUAAAGAAACCGUCAGUGGGUUUAACGAAGACGUCAACAAUUGUAACAAAUAUAAGCAAAAGAAUGGCAAAACCAAUUGUAAAGCGGGUGACGUGUGUACUAGAGCAGGUUUCUGUAUCAAAAAUCCUCUUUGCAGCGAGCGAGCUGAAAAAUGUGGUGUCAAUAAAAGAUGCUGUGCUGGAUUAUUUUGCCAUUCGCGUUUGGCCACCCCCAAAACAACUGAAUGUUAUCGAGCAGCUUAUCCUGGUGAAAAAUGUGCUGUUGCACAUGGCAUCCCAUGUGUUGCAGGAUCCGAAUGCCUUGCUACCACAAAGGUCUGCUCAAAGCGAAAGUAAACUUGUGCCAACCUCUCAUAAGAAGAGUGUGAAUUUAUCCCGUUUCUAUCGAUCCGUCUUUGAUACCAAAAAU